AUGUCAAGUAAACAAUGGUGUAGAUGGAACUCUCACCUUGCGCCUUCCAACACUCGUGGUCGGCGCAUACCUCUCAUCAACAACCAUGGCUUGCCUGUGUCUCCCGCUUUGCAACCAGCCAAGCAAAGGCCUGUUCGCGAACAACAGCCACUUGAAUCUUUGACACCUUUUCGAAAAGCAGUAGCUACCAACCCUUAUGCGAAUGCUCUGGCCACUUCUGUUCGCCAAUGUAACUACACAGCCGCCAGACUGCCUUCGCAUCAUCUACUACCAUUUGCUACCAGCUUCCGUCGACAUGAGAAUGACAAACUUGUGCCAUAUCUCGCUCCUGUUGACAAGUCUCGACAGACUUCACGCGCUUAUGUUCUCAAUUCUCGUCAACUCCUGAGAAGUCUUGGCCAGAAGAAGAACUGGCAGCGCUUACUGGGCCAUGACCUCAAGUUUGGUCUGAAAAACAGAAAUGAUUAUCAGUGGCCUAGCCACAUGGACGAGGUCAUCCUCUCUCAAUUACGUUCUUCCGUGGUUCGUAAAUUGACCUGGCUUCUCAGCAAACCAAAUGCAAAGCUGGUAAUCCCAUUCGAGUCCACCACAGAGUGCCCUUCGUCGGCAUGCAUCUUGUAUCUCCGUAAAGAAAGUCAGCCGCAAUCUCUCUCGGAUCUCGGUAUCUCACAGUAUCACCUGCCGGACCUCUUGGGGCAGGAAGUACUAGAUGGACUCAUUAAGAACACUUCGUUUGCCGAGAAGGAUGCUCUCGUCCUUGCCCAAUCAUACAUGACAGUGUCUGCACAUGUUGCUAUCGCAAAGUUGUCCGCUUUUCUGUCUUCUUCGGACGCUACUUUGAAAGGUCUGAAGACAUGA